UACGAGACUGUUUUUGUAAAGGACAGUUCGGAGGGCAGUUCAAGGGCAGAGGAAAUUAAAGUGUACAGCAUACGGGAGAGGUUACCGAUAGUGUUGGGCAGGUGCCGGCUAAUCAUCGCUUAGAACGUUAAGUUUGUGAGAUUUAACCAGAUAAAUUCUAUUUAAAAGAAUCAUGGGUGAUAAAAGUGCUUCUAAACUGACAAGAGAGCAAGAGUAUACGUUAUUAGAUCAUUUAAGUGUGCUAGAUAUUGAUGCACCACCAUCAAACUGCAGACUUACUGGCAUUAUCUGCACCAUUGGGCCAUCGUCUAGGGAUGUUGGCAUGCUUGUGGAUAUGAUUAAUGCUGGGAUGAAUAUUGCACGAAUGAAUUUUUCUCAUGGAACGCAUGAUUAUCAUGCUGGCACAAUAAAAAAUGUUCGGGAGGCUGUAAAAAUAGUGAGUGAAGAUCUUGGUAUACCAUCAUAUCCAGUUGCUGUUGCAUUGGAUACAAAAGGACCUGAAAUAAGAACAGGCUUGCUUUCUGGGGGAGCAUCUGCAGAGGUAGAGAUAAAAAAAGAUACCACUGUUAAACUUGUGACUAAAGAUGAAUAUAAAGAAAAUUGUUCAGCUGAUGUAAUUUAUGUGGAUUAUAAAAAUAUAACUAAAGUGCUUGUACCAGGCAAUAGAGUUUUCAUAGAUGAUGGUCUCAUCUCUUUGGUUGUCAAAGAAUGUGGAUCUGAUUACCUUAUUUGCUCUGUUGAAAAUGGCGGUAUGCUGGGUAGCAAGAAAGGUGUGAAUCUUCCUGGAGUGAUAGUAGAUUUGCCUGCUGUGUCUGAAAAAGAUAAAGAAGAUCUUAAGUUUGGAGUUGAACAAAAGGUAGAUAUGGUAUUUGCAUCAUUCAUCCGCAAUGCAGCUGGUGUUAGAGAAAUAAGAAACAUAUUGGGUGAAGAAGGAAAAGGCAUUAAAAUUAUCUCUAAAAUAGAGAAUCAUGAAGGUGUAAAAAAAAUAGAUGAAAUUAUUGAAGAAAGUGAUGGAAUAAUGGUUGCCAGGGGUGAUCUUGGAAUUGAGAUACCUCCUGAAAAAGUAUUUUUAGCUCAAAAGAUGAUGAUAGCAAAAUGUAAUAUGCUGUGCAAACCAGUCAUAUGUGCUACACAGAUGCUGGAAAGUAUGGUAAAGAAACCAAGACCAACAAGAGCUGAGAGUUCUGAUGUAGCAAAUGCUGUGCUGGAUGGAGCAGAUUGUGUCAUGUUGUCUGGUGAAACAGCUAAAGGGGAUUAUCCACUUCAGGCAGUAAAAAUGAUGCAUGCCAUUUGUGUAGAAGCUGAAGCAGCAAUUUUCCAACGACAUGUUUUUAUCGAACUGAGUAUGAAAACUCCUGUACCAACAGACUCAACGCAUACAGUGGCUAUUGCUGCAGUGAAUGCAUCAAUGAAGUGUUUAGCAUCUGCAAUUGUUGUUAUAACAACAACUGGAAGAACAGCACAUCAAGUUUCAAAAUAUAGGCCGAGGUGUCCUAUCAUUGCAGUAUCACGACUUACUCAAACUACUCGUCAAGCACAUUUAUGGAGAGGAAUUUUACCUCUACAUUUCACAGGAGAGCGCCUUCCAGAUUGGCCCCAUGAUGUUGAUGUGAGAAUUCAAUUCGCUAUAGACUUUGGGAAGAAACGUAAAUUUAUAAAUUCUGGUGAUGCAGUUAUUGUUGUUACUGGAUGGAGAAAAGGUGCUGGUGCAACAAAUACAAUGCGUGUUGUUUAUGUAGACUAAUUUGCUUUGAACAUUUGUAUAUUAGUUUCACCUACAAACUUUAUCAGUUACUAUACUUUACAAGUUAAAAAACUAUGGCUAAGCUUCUAUUCAUCAAGUAAUUUUGGACCAGUGGGUUUGACAUGCCAUAUAAAAUUUAGUGUUAGCAUUAAAAAGAUCUGAAUGUUAAUAUGUAAUCUAUGUCAGUUACCUUGUAAAACAGCUUGUUAAAAUUUUAUGUUCAUCAUGUUGAAAUAAAGUAAUACUGAAACUAA